ACUGUCAGUUUUCUUCCUAACCUCUCUUGCGUUAUUGUUGUUGCGUCGUCAAAUCGGAGAAAUAAAGUUAAAAUCUGAUAGUUAUGAAGUGAUUUGUGUACAAAAUACGUGAAAAUGUCGGGGACUUUGGAAAUCCCGUUGAUGACGACCGAUGAGGUGAUUGAGCUGGAUCCAGAUCAAUUGCCGUCGGGAGAUGAGGUCCUCAGUAUCCUGCAGACUGAGCGCUCGCAGCUCAGUGUUUGGAUCAAUGUCGCUCUGGCGUACUACAAACAAAAGAAGAUCGAGGAUUUCCUCAAGAUCCUCGAGUCUUCCCGAGUGGAUGCCAACAUUGACUACAGAGACUUUGAGCGGGACCAGAUGCGAGCCCUCGACAUGUUGGCGGCGUACUACGUACAAGAGGCCAACAAAGAGAAGUCCAAGGAUAAAAAGAAGGAACUGUUCACUAAAGCCACCUUGCUGUAUACUAUGGCGGACAAAAUCAUCAUGUAUGAUCAGAACCAUCUUCUUGGACGUGCAUACUUCUGCCUUCUUGAAGGAGACAAAAUGGAGCAAGCCGAUGCACAGUUCAACUUUGUCCUGAACCAGUCACCAAACAAUGUGCCUUCAUUGCUUGGCAAAGCAUGUAUUGCAUUUAACCGCAAAGAUUACCGAGGAGCCUUGGCUUUCUACAAGAAAGCUUUGAGGACAAACCCUGAUAGUCCAGCCGCUUUGAGGCUGGGUAUGGGGCAUUGUUUUAUGAAGCUGAAUAAUCAAGAGAAAGCUAGAAUGGCAUUUGAAAGGGCCCUGCAGUUGGACCCCCAGUGUGUGGGAGCUCUAGUCGGCCUCUCGAUCUUGAAGCUGAAUCUACAGGAAAAUGAAUCUAACAAGUUGGCAGUUAUAAUGCUCUCCAAAGCCUACGCCAUAGACCCUAAGAACCCUAUGGUUUUAAAUCAUCUGGCCAAUCAUUUCUUCUUCAAAAAGGACUACAGCAAAGUGCAGCAUCUAGCUCUGCAUGCGUUCCACAACACAGAGAAUGAAGCGAUGCGAGCUGAGAGCUGCCACCAUCUGGCCCGUGCGUUCCAUGCCCAAGGGGACUGCGACCAGGCGUUCCAGUAUUACUACCAGGCCACACAGUUCGCUCCGGCCAACUUUGUGCUGCCCCAUUAUGGGCUGGGCCAAAUGUAUAUUUAUAGGGGGGAUGCUGAAAAUGCGGCGCAAUGCUUCGAGAAAGUGCUCAAAGUCCAACCAGGCAACUAUGAAACCAUGAAGAUCCUGGGAUCCCUCUACGCCAACUCCAACUCUCAGUCGAAGCGCGACAUCGCCCGUCAACACUUGAAAAAGGUCACGGAACAGUUUCCUGAUGAUGUUGAAGCGUGGAUCGAGCUCGCGCAGAUAUUGGAGCAGAAUGACUUGCAGGGCUCGCUAAACGCAUACACUACAGCUAUGAAGAUCCUCAAAGACAAGGUGAACACGGAGAUACCCGCAGAGAUACUGAACAACGUGGCGGCGCUACACUACCGGCUGGGCAGUCUGCAGGAGGCCGCUGCGUAUCUGCAGGAGGCCAGGGAGAGAGAACGGGUGGACGCAGAGACGUUGGACGCGCAAUACUACAACUCUAUAGCGGUGACCACCACCUACAACCUGGCCAGGCUGAAUGAGGCCUUGUGUAUUUACAAUAAGGCUGAGAAGCUUUACAAGGACAUCCUGAAAGAGCAUCCCAACUAUAUUGACUGUUAUUUGAGACUAGGAUGCAUGGCACGCGACAAGGGCCAAAUCUACGAGGCGUCCGACUGGUUCAAAGAGGCCCUCAAAGUGAACACCACCCACGGAGACACGUGGUCUCUACUGGGCAAUCUGCAUUUAGCACAGCAGGAAUGGGGGCCCGGACAGAAGAAGUUCGAGCGAGUACUGCACAACCCCAACACUAGCACUGACGCCUACUCGCUCAUUGCUCUAGCGAACGUGUGGCUUCAGACGCUGCACCAGCCGUGUCGAGAGAAAGACCGGGAGAAGAGGCAUCAGGAGAGAGCUCUCGCUAUGUACAAACAGGUGCUGAAGACCGAUCAGCGUAACAUCUGGGCAGCCAACGGUAUUGGCUGUGUGUUGGCGCAUAAGGGUUGCGUGAACGAGGCCCGUGACAUAUUCGCGCAAGUCCGCGAGGCGACGGCGGACAUGCCCGACGUGUGGAUGAACAUAGCGCACAUCUACGUUGAGCAGAAACAGUACCUCAACGCUAUACAGAUGUACGAGAACUGUCUCCGUAAGUUCCGUAUGCACCACGAUGUAGAAUGGCUGACGUGGCUCGCGCGCGCCCACGGACUGGCUUCGCGGCCGCACGCCGCUCGCGCCACGCUCCUGAGGGCCAGACGUGUCGCGCCGCAUGAUACGGCACUGCUGUAUAAUACUGCGUUGACACUAAGAAGAUUGGCGGCUCAUGUUUUGAAGGAUGAGAGAUCGUCGCUGCACGUCGUUCUCAGCGCUGUGCAUGAGCUGCAGGUGUCGCAUAAAUACUUCCAACGCCUAGCGGCCGCCGAAUCAGGGGAAGGUCAAGAGCGAGCGCGCUACGAGCCAGCCGCCGCCGCUUUAGAAGCCAGAACAUGUGCCGACCUGCUCUCGCAAGCGCAGUGGCAUGUGGCCAGAGCGAGACGGCAACAUGACGAGGAGGUCACGCUUAGAGACAGGCAGAGAGAACAGAGAGAGGCGUUUAGGAAGCAACAGGAAGAAGAGCGUCGCAAACGCGAAGAGGAAGCGGCUAAAAGCUCCGUCGUCGCUCUUCAGAAGCGACAAGAGUACAUCGAGAAGACCAAGAACGCUUUACUAUUCGCCGACAUGCCGGCCGAAGGGAAAAGCAAGGGAAGGGGCAGAAGGAAGGAUGAAUAUGUGUCGGACUCGCCCAGUGGCAGCGAUGCGCCGAAGGAUGAUGGUGGCGAGGGCAAGAGCAAGAAGCGCAAGAAGGAGGGUAAAGACAAGAAGGAGCGCAAGGGGCGGUCGCGCAAGCGAGCCGAGCGCUCCGGCAGCGACAGCGACCGGCCCAGCGCCAAGAAGGGGCGGAAACGGAUCGAGAAAGGCAUCGGCCGCCGCGAGCGCGCCAAAGCGGCCAAACUCGAAGAGAAGCUCAGCGCCAAACAACGCCUCAAGAUCGUGUCCAAAGAGACGAUCUCCACGUCCGAGUCGGACUCGGAUAGCGGGAAGAAGUCUCGCAGUAGAAGCCGCAGUGGUAGUGGCAGUAGAAGCCGCAGUGGUAGUGGCAGUCCGCCCGCCAACAAGGGACGCAGGAAGAUCAUGUCGGGCUCUGAGAGUGAUAGGUCUCGCUCUCGAUCCAAAUCCAAGAGCCGUUCCCGAUCCAAGUCCCGCAAGCGUUCGCGUUCUGGCUCUAGAUCUAAGAGCCGCUCUCGCUCCAAGAGUGGGUCGCGAUCAAAGAGCCGUUCGCGUUCGAAGAGUCGUUCCCGGUCGAAGAGCCGAUCGCGAUCUAGAUCGAAGAGUGCAUCUCGGUCUAAAAGCCGAUCUAGGUCGAAGAGUGUGUCGAGGUCGCGUUCUAGGUCCAAGAGCAAGUCCCGCUCCAAGUCCAGAUCGAGAUCAAAGAGUGGGUCGCGAUCGAGAUCCAGAUCUCGUUCAAAGAGCGGCUCCCGCAGCCGGUCCGGCUCCGGAUCCGGCCGCUCGCGACCGGACACGCCGGUCUCACGGAAAUCCGUGUCGGCAAGUGAAGACGAAAAUUAACCGUAAUUACUACGUUAUAAAACUCCGUACACUAGUAAUAUUCAGGAUUCUCUUCAUCAAGUAUUCACGCGGAAUUUCAUGACAUGUUUGACGAUAAUGAUUUUAGCUGUAAGACGUUGUAAAUAUAUCUGUUUAGGUUAGUUCUUGAUUUGAAUAAAGCGUGUUAUGCCACAA